AUGGUUGCCUGUUUUGGUAACAGUUUAUGUACACCUAUCUGCAGGGACAUGGGAAUGGAGGUCGCCGGAGCUGAAGCUGCACCAGCACAGGUUAAAGUAGCUGAUGAGGAAGUGACCCUUUUUCAAGACAAGGAAAGCCAAGCAACUGCAAAGGAGCGGGAGGAAGCAGCUGUUUUUGGUUCAGACAAUGGCAAAGCUGCGGCAAAUGACAUGGCACCUCCAAAGGACGCAGCGGAGGAGUGGCCUGAACCUAAGCAAACUUAUACCUUCUACUUUGUCAAGAUCCGCUCAUUUGAGGACCCUAAGCUGAGAGCAAAACUUGAGCAGGCUGAGAAGGACUUCCAAAAUAAGAUCCAAGCUCGGGCCAAGAUUAUUGAUGCUAUAAAAGCUAAGAAGACUGAGCGUGCUGCUGUUCUCGCGGAGCUAAGGCCAUUGAGUGCUGAGAACAGGCAGUACAAUGAAGCUUUUAAUGAGAAGUUAGAGGAGAUGAAACCUUACAGAAAUCGUUUAGGCAAGUUCCGUGAUGAAAAUAAUGCUAUGCGGGCGGAGAGUGCAGGCUUGUGCUCUUCACUCGAAGAGCUUGAGCAUGAGAUCAAGAGGUUGAAUCACCGCAUAAGUCAUGAGAGCAUAUCUUUAGAUGAGGAGAAGCGGCUGAUCAAAGAAAUUAAGACCCUUGAAAAAACCAGACCGAAGGUCAGUUCCAAUGCUGCUAAACGAGCUAAAAUGCAAGAUACAGUGGUUGAAAGAGAUGCCAUACAGGAUCAGGUGAAAAUCAUCGGGGAUGGUAUAGAUGGAGUAAAGAAGGAGCGACAAGCAGUCAGGUCUAAGAUUAAGGUCCUGGACGAUGAGAUGAGGGUUGUUGAUGGCGAGAUUGCUUUGCUUCAAGAAGAUUUAAAUGCAGCUACCGCCAGAAAGGAUAAAGCAUACGAGUCAUUGACCGAAUUGAGAAAAGCGCGUGAUCUUGCCAAUGCAUCCUUCCAUCAAAACCGCAUAGUUCUGAACAGAGCCAGGGAUCAUUCUUCUAGGAAUGAGGUGGAAGAAUUGCAAGAGCUCCACAAGACUGAGGUUGAGAAGUUCAUGACACAAUGGUGCAGCAGCAAGACCUUUAGAGAGGACUAUGAGAAGAGGAUCCUCACUUCCCUCAAUGGACGGCAGCUGACCCGAGAUGGCCGGAUGAGGAAUCCUGAUGAGAAGCCCAUAUUUAUCGAAACACAGCAGCCAGCAGCACCUGUGCAACAGGAGCCUAUCCCAUCAAAAGCGCCUUUGAAACAAGCAAAGGAAGCUGCUGCUCCUCAAGUCGUCGCUCCCAAAGAAGAGCCCCUUGCAAAAGCAUCUGCCAAGUCAGCUAAGGUAAAAGCUGCUGUGGAUGCUGAUGAUGAUGCCUAUGAGGCUGAGCCUCCAAAGGAGAAGCCCAAGCCUAAAGAGGUUGAUGUAGCAAAGUUGAAAGAGAUCAAGAGACAGGAGGAAAUCGAGAAGAAUAGACUUGCUUUGGAAAGGAAGAAGAAGCAGGCUGAGAAGCAAGCGGCGAAGGCUGCAGCCCGAGCACAAAAGGAAGCUGAGAAGAAGCUUAAGAAAGAGGAGAAGAAAACCAAGAAGAAAACUGAGGCAGAUACGGACGAGCCAACUGACUCAGACACCAAGUCUGAUGAAGCAGCAGAAACCCAAGCAGAGGAUGAGUUCACUCCAGUUUCUGUGGUAAACAAAGAACAGAAGCAGAACACACGGACCAGGAAUGUAGUCACCAAGACCAAGGCCCCGCUGCCAAAGGCGAUCCUGAAGAGGAAGAAAGCCCAGUCGUACCGGUCAUGGGCCACCCCAGCCGUGAUGAUAUCCGCCGUCACCGUGCUCGUCGCCCUGCUUGCGGCGCUGGGCUACUACCAGUACUACCGCCCGGCGAGCACCAGCAACUGA